UAAUCGUAAAAAUGCUCCGCUCAACAAAUGUUACAGUAUAUUGCUGUGAUUACACAUCAUAAUAUAAUCACAAUAUAUCGUCUCACCACACCUGUUGCGUAUCAUAUCAGAUGCCAAUACACAACUCUCUUUUGAACUAGAAUAUUGAUGUGCCUUCUUGUUCCCAUGGUCUGGCCUGCAUCACGGAACUGGUUAUAAACUUAUCAUGUAACAUGACUUCUUACUGACCCGAAAAAAAUGGAGUCAAAGAUAGAAAUGUUGGGUGACAUUUAAGUCUCACUGGGACACAGUUAUUUUUAAAGUAGGGUGACAUUGAUUUUAUUGCCUCACAGUUCUCACCCUGUAAAUAUUUAACUUGCAUUCCUUUGUCAUGAGGGAGAACAGUUUUGUUGCCUUGUUUUCUGUUGUAAAUGUGAUGUAAUGGCUAAUGACUUCCUGCUUGGGGCCUGAGCCUUGUUGGCUGCCACAGAGGGGAUCUCUCUAGAUAAUAGAGUUUGUUCAAACUGUGUCGUGUUAGGUCAACCACAGGCUCUGCCAUUGUUUGCUUCUUGAUUUUCAGACAAGGUCUACACACACUCACACGUCUGUUGAUCCAUUCAGUCAUUACCAACUGGUUUAGCUGAAAUGAUGCGCAGCAGCCAGUGUCAGCCUCCAUCCUCUCGAUGUCUCACAUAUUUGACCCAUAUACAGAAGCGGUGUUGCAGUAGGUGGCUGCAGUGUGUAAAUGUUUACAGUGCUGACGAAGUAGACCAACCAGCCUGAAACAGGUCUGCGUACCAGUCUGCUUCCGUCUUGCUCAGCUGAGAGCCACUUCCACGUGGGUGUGCGUUUCUUUGCUGGAUUACCACAGGCAGGAAAAGUUUCAAAGGUCAGUUAGAGUGAAUAUGAGCUAGCAGGGGACAAGAAAGCGGCCGGCCACUGUCAAUGAGAGUAAACUCUGGACCUGCUAUGUUUGUCACGGAUUCCUGACUGCCAACAGGACUGUGGGACAAUAUUUUUCCAGUCACAGGGAUACCUUUUUUACAGGGCAUGGAUAAUAUCCUCUAACUAUUGGACGUUAAGUCAUGGGAAAUAUACUUGGCUGUGUUCGGGGAGAAAAGGAAGAACGCUAUGUUGAUCCAAAGAAGGCUCCCCUCAGGGCUGAAUCCAAGCAUUCCAGAGGUCGCCGGUACUUCCAGAGAAAGAGAAGGAAGUCAGAAUCGUUUCAGAGUGAAGUGCCCACAGAUACGACUAAGUCUGAAAAGUCUGUGAUCCAGGAUGUGACUCAUGUGGACCUGAAACACAUCCGCUCACUGCUGGACGAAACAACAGUGGAGGUACCCCGGGAAGACUGCAAUUGCAAUGGGAUUCAUGUCAGGGAAAUGCCUUUUGUUAGCAAGACAGACCAGCAAGUCUUGGAUUGCAGACAACCUCCCAAGUUGGAACACUUUUCCAGACAAGAAGCAUCGAAUGCAAAACAUGCUUCAAUUGAUGACAAGCUUCACCGUGUAAACAAAAAAUUCAGUAGUACGAGUACAAAGGAUGGCGCUCUUGUGAAAAGGCUGAUUCAACGGCAGUUAAGGAGGGCGGUAAGCUUUGGUGCCGUUGAGCACAUGCUGCAAACUCCAAGGGGUUUCUGUGAUCCGGUUGUGGAAGAAACCUUUGCCAGGAUUAUAUGGGGCUCACAGCCACACAGGAGGAGACGGCCCAGAGCCUUCACCUGCUCUGGGCACUUCGAUCCUGAUAAAUUCAUUGAAAAUGAGAUCUCGGAGAUCCAUGUGACCGGAGAAUCCGAGGACAUGACAGCCAAGGAGAGGCUGCUGCUCUGGUCCAAGCAGAUAACAGAUGGUUAUGUGGGUGUGCGGUGUGAUAACUUCACAACCUCAUGGAGGGAUGGCCGCCUUUUCAAUGCCAUCAUUCAUAAAUACAGACCAGACCUUAUUGAUAUGACACUCAUAUCAUCACAAACGAACCGCUCCAAUUUGGAGCAUGCAUUUGGUGUUGCUGAACAGUUGGGCGUGGCCAGACUGUUAGACCCAGAGGAUGUAGACGUUCAGUCACCCGAUGAGAAGUCAGUCAUCACUUAUGUCUCUACAUUGUACGAUGCCUUCCCCAAAGUACCAGAAGGAGCGGAUGGUGUCACUGCUAAUGAUGUCGAUAUUAAAUGGGUGGAGUACCAGAACAUGAUAAAAUACCUCAGCCAGUGGAUCAAACACAAUGUGGCCAUUAUGUCUGACAGAUCAUUCCCAAACAGUCCAGUGGAACUCAAGGCACUUUAUACACAGUAUUUGCAGUUUAAGGAAAGUGAAAUCCCACUAAAAGAAAAUGAGAAGACAAAAAUCCAAAACCUCUAUAAAAUGCUGGAGAUGUGGAUUGAGUUUGGACGGAUUCAGUUGCCACCUGGCCAUCACCCCAAUGAUGUGGAGAAGGAAUGGGGAAAGUUAAUUGUUGCCAUGCUAGAAAGAGAAAAGUGCCUGAGGCCUGAAGUGGAGCGGCUUGAGAUGUUGCAGCAGAUUGCAAAUAGGGUCCAACGGGACUGUGUCAAUGGGGAGGACAAGCUGGCGCUGGCAAGAAGUUCUCUUCAGUCUGAUGUCAAGCGUCUUGAGUCUGGUAUUCAGUUCUUAAAUGAAGCUGAGGUUGCUGGAUACCUUCUGGAAUGUGAGAACAUCCUCAGACAGCAGGUGAUGGAUAUCCAGGUUCUUCUGGACGGGAAAUUUCCUUUUGCAGAUCAACUAGUUCAAAGGGCCUCAAAUCUCCGGGAUGAGCUUUUAUCCCUGCGUGCUGAGUCCUCCUCCCUGUACAGCAAAGGUCGCUCACUGACAACAGAGCAAACAAAGAUGAUGAUUUCUGGCAUCACGCAGAGCCUAAAUUCUGGCUAUUCAUCGACCUUGAACACUGGUUUGACUCCAGCCUAUGAUCACACACUCACCCCAGGGGGGUUUGUUACCCCUGGUUCCACCUUCACCUCUAGCUUUACACCCGGACUUACACCGUCCUUGACCCCUGCCUUUACCCCAAGCAUGCAGUCUACUGCCGGACACAUGUACAUGGGGAACAGCGGCAGCAUGGCUCCAUCAUCCCUCAGGCACUUGAAACACAUGCAGAUCCGAAAGCCCUUGAUGAAGUCAUCACUAGCAGAUCCUGGCAUGACAGAAGAGGAGGUCAGCAUGAAAUAUGUCCAGGAUCUCCUUAGCUGGGUGGAAGACAUGCAAUUGCUGCUGGAUCGCUCUGAGUGGGGAUCUGAUCUGCCCAGUGUGGAAAUGCAUGUGGAAAACAACAAGGCUGUACUGAAAGCAAUUGAGGAAUUCCAAAUGAGCCUGAAAGAGGCCAAAAUGAGUGAGAUUCAGAUGAGCAUGCCCUUGAGACCAACUUACACCGAACGUCUGAGCAAAUUGGAAAAGCAAUAUGAUCGACUCUCGAGCUGCUCAAAGGAACGGCAGAGCAAUCUGGACGGCCUUCACGAGUUUGUGUCUUUGGCAACUCGAGAGCUUAUCUGGCUGAACGAGAAGGAAGAAGAGGAGGUGGCAUUCGACUGGAGCGACCGCAACAGCAAAAUAUCUUUAAAGAGAGACUAUCAUGCUGAUCUGAUGCGUGAGCUGGAUGAGAAGGAGAGAGUGAUCAAGUCUGUGCAGGAAAAGGCAGAUCGCCUGCUCUUCAGACACCACCCAGCCAAGCUCACAAUAGAAGCAUACAGAGCCGCCAUGCAGACACAGUGGAGCUGGAUUCUUCAACUCUGUGCGUGCGUCGAGCAGCACCUAAAGGAGAACGCUGUUUAUUUUGAGUAUUUUGGUGAUGCCAAAGAGGCAAUUGAUUACCUGAAGAGCCUGCAGGAGGCCAUUCAAAGAAAGUACAGCUGUGACCGGACAAACAGUCUUCACAGAUUAGAGGACCUCAUCAAUGAGUCAAUGGAUGUAAAAGAGCAGCUUCUCCAGUACAGCAACACUGUCGCUGGGCUGGUUGGCCGGUCCAAAAACAUCGUACAGCUCAAGCCAAGGAACGCGGACAACCCUCUGAGAUCUUCCAUCGCUGUGAAUGCCAUCUGUGACUACCGACAGAUAGAGAUCACCAUUUACAAAGAUGAUGAAUGCGUUUUGGCCAACAACUCUCACCGGGCAAAGUGGAAAGUGAUCAAUCCAGCCGGGAACGAGGCCAUGGUGCCAUCUGUCUGCUUCACAGUUCCUCCACCCAACAAAGAGGCUGUGGAUGUGGCAACAAGAUUGGAGCAGUUAUACCAGAACGUCCUCUCUCUCUGGCACCACUCCCACAUCAACAUGAAGAGCGUGGUUUCAUGGCACUAUCUGGUAGCUGAUAUAAAAACCAUUCGAAACUGGAACACGACAUCGAUCAAGACUAUUUCGCCAAGUGAGCAGCAGACUGUCCUACACAGCCUGCAGUCCCACUUGGAUGACUUCCUGGAAGACAGUGAGGAGUCGGAGGUGUUCACCGUGGCUGACUGUACCCAACUGGAGAACGAUGUCAUCGCCUGCAAGAAUUACUACCAGGAGCUACUGAGAUCUGCGGAGAGAGACAAGCAGGAUGAGUCCGUUUACAAUAGUUACAUCUCAGAGUUGCGGAACUUCCGAAUGCACCUGGAGGCCCAUGAGCAGCAGCUCAUUAGACAAAUCCGCACUCAACUCGCCAGAGAUGACCCCGAGCAGACUCGAGUCCGCAUCGUGGAUCAAGAGAGAAAAAGAACUGAGCUGAAUAAACUGAAGGAGGAUCUUGAUGUGAUUAAGGAGAAGUGUGAGUUGUUUAUCCGGCAGGCAGCUGGUUUUCCGUCGCUGCCGAACCUCUCCUCUGAGCUCACCGUCCUUCUUCAGAGCAUGAGUCAGGUCUACUCCAUGUCCUCCAUCUACAUGGACAAACUGAAGACAGUGAGUUUAGUGGUGGAGCACAGCCAGGAUGCUGAGGCUCUAGUCAAAGCUUACGAAUCCAAACUGUAUGAUGAAGAUGCCACGAGCUCUGACAUGAGGUCCAUCGAGUCAGUAAUAUCAACACUGAAGCAAUGGCGAACAGAAAUUAAUGAGAAACAGGAAGUGUUUCACAGCCUGGAAGAUGACCUUCAGAAAGCUCGAGUCAUCAGUGAGCGCAUGUUUAAAACCCACAAUGAGCGCGACUUUGACUUGGACUGGCACAAAGAAAAGGCUGCCCAGCUCAACGAGAGAUGGCUGAACAUCCACACUCAGAUCGAUAACAGAAUCCGUGACCUGGAUGGUAUAAGCAAGUCUUUAAAAAAUUACAAGGACUCGUACCACAGUGUGGAUGAAUGGGUGAGGGAGAUGGAAGAAGAGCAGUUGCAGGCUCAAGAAAACAAACCAGAGGACAGCAAGGCCCUCGCUGAACUGUUGAACAAACAAAAGGUCCUCGUGGCUGAAAUUGAGCAAAAGCAGAGUGGAAUUGAUGAGUGUCAGAAGUACUCAGAACAGUACUCCUCAGCCUUUAAGGAUUAUGAACUCCAACUGAUGACUUUCCGAGCGAUGGUCGACUCUCAACACAAAUCUCCGCUCAAGAAAAGAAGGAUGCAAAGCACCUCUGAUUCCAUCCAGCAAGAGUUCAUGGACCUCAGAACCAGAUACACCGCUCUGGUGACUCUGAUGACGCAGUUCGUGAAGUACGCCAGUGAAACACUGAAAAGAACCGAAGAAGAGGAGAGCAAAAAAGCUUUUGAAAGAACAACGUAUAUAGAAACACAAGAAAGCAUGGAGCUUCAAAAGGCUGCAGGAGAAGUUGAACUUAGCCAACUUAGACAGCAGCUCAGAGAAAAAGAAGCCCUGUUGGGGGAGAGCCAUGCAAAGUUGGAAACACUGGAGAGAUCUGUUGAUGAGGAAAAGAGGGAUCAUGGGGAUAGAGUUAGCAAGCUCUUGCACUGGGUAUCCGGCGUAAGACAGAACCCACCAACAGAUGCUUUGAAAGAUAGCAAUGCCAACAAUGAUGCAUCAUAUAAGCCCCAGGUUCCAGUUGAGGAAAUGGUCACAAAGAAGGAACAGAUUGCCGAAGCAGUGAGGGCAACUCAAAUCAUGUUGAAUAAACACAGCGACAAGAUGACUGAAGAGGAAAAAGAAGCCACUCAGCAGCAGCUAAAUGCACUCCACCAGGCCUACAAUGAGAUUUCACAACACUGCUCAGAUCAGACUGCAGAGGAGUCUCUGCUGGAGAAGCACAGAGAGUUCACAGAGAAGUUGGAGGAAGUGUGCGACAGUCUCACUCUGACCGAGAACCGGCUCAUCGGGCACCAGCAGCAGGCUGAGAAUGCCCAGUGCGUCACUGACCUGCAGCAGUACCAGCAGGAACACCAGGCCUUGCAGAAAGAGGUGCUGAGUGACGGAAGUGCUUUGAACGAGGUCAUCAACAGCACGAAAAGGUUCCUGGAAGAAAACCGGCACAAGCUUACACAAGAUCAAGUGGCUGCCAUUGAGAGCAAGUUGGAUGAGGCCAAGGGCAAAGCCAAGGUCGUCAACCAACGAGCGGAAGAGUCCAGGAAAGACUUGGAGAAGGUUGUUACUUCAGCGAUCAAGCAGGAAAGUGAAAAGGCUGCUGCUGUGGAGCAACUGGAGGAGAGCAAGAACAAAAUCGAAGGACUUCUCAGCUGGAUAUCUAAUAUUGGCAACGAAAAUGUUGAACAAAUCCACCACACUACUAAAGAGAAUGGAAAGUCAGAAAUGGAAGACAACAUUGUGGUUGAUGAUGCCAAUGGAAAUUGUUUCCCAGCAUCCGAAGAAACUGAGACAGACGGAAAGAUGGAACUGCCAAUUAGCCUGGAUAAACAGUAUGAGAGAGUCAAGGCUCAUCAUAAGGAGAUCCUCUCUCAGCAGCAAGAUCUGAUCCUAGCGACUCAGUCAGCUCAAGCGCUGCUGGACAAGCAAGCCAACACUCUGUCUCCAGAAGAGAAGGAGAAGCUCCAGAAGAACAUCCUUGAACUAAAGGGCCGCUUCGAAGACUCUCUAACUCUCGCAGAACAACAGAUGAAGCAGGUUCAGAGUGUCCAGGAGGAGCUCAAAAAGUUCCAGGAUGACUGUGAGGAGUUUGACGUGUGGCUGGAUCAAGCGGAGGGAAAGAUGAAAGACCUGACUUCUCCUGCAAACUCCUUGGAGGUCUUCAGCGAUAAACUUCAGCGGCAGAAGAGCUUCUCAGAGGACGUCAUUUCUCACAAGGGAGACCUACGUUUCAUCACGAUAUCUGGUCAGAAGGUUCUGGACGUGGCCAAGCACUGUGGAGUGGCUCAUCCUGCAGCCAACGGCCUUCUCCAAGUGGACACCUCAGGAACAUGUUCGGCUGUAAAAGAGCAACUGGAUUCUGCAGCCGGUCGAUACAAAGCUCUACAUGCGCAGUGCAGUCAAGCUGGAAGCAACCUUAAAGAUGUAGUGGACAAGUUCAAGAAGUACGAAGAUUCCAGCUCAGAGCUUUCAAAGUGGCUCAACAGCUCUGAGGAGGAGGCCAGGAAGCAGCAGUCGGAGGCCAUAGCAGCUGAUCCACACACUCUACAGAAACAGCUGGAGGAGACCAAGAUGUUGCAAAGUCAGAUCACUGGACAUCAGACAGCUAUUGACACCCUUCACAAAACAGCUGAUGCUCUCGUAACAUCUGGAAACCUCCUGAGCAACCCAGAUGAAAUUCAGGAGACAGUAGAUGACCUGGUGGAGCGUUAUGACAACCUGUCCAAGUCUGUCAGCGACCGGAACGAGAAGCUGCAGUUCACCUUGACUCGGUCCAUGAGUGUCCAGGAUGGUCUGGAUGAGAUGAUGGGGUGGAUGGAAAGUGUGGAGAGCAGUGUGGAUGAAAAAGCCCAAAUUCCACUGGACUCUGCAUCAAUUGGAGAUUUACUCAGCAAGGAAGCGGCAAUAGAGCAGGACAUAGCCAGUCGACAGAGCAGCAUCGCAGCCAUGAAGGACAAAGUAAAGAAGUUUGUGGAGACGGCUGAUCCCUCUGCAGCAGCUUUACUGCAGAGCGGUAUGGAUUCUCUGUGCCGGCGUUUCUCUGAUGUCUGUGAGAAGCAUCAACAAAAGGUAUCCCAACUGGAGCGGCUGAAAGAGAAGGUUGAGCAGUUUGAGGAGGUGGCAGAUAAAGUGCAGCAGUUUGUUGUGAAGCGCUCACAAGAACUGCAUGACACUGACGGACCGGGAAAAACUUUUAUUGAACUCUCCGACCUCAUGCAGAACACAAAAGCAGAGAUGGCAGAACAUGCUGAUGAUCUGGAGAAGCUGCAGCACUUGAGCAAGGAGCUGUGCGACGUCAGUUCUGAUGGGAAUAAAGCCCAGCUCCAGAGUAGGAUGGAGAACAUCACAAACAUCUUCAGCACCUUUAAAGACACCGUCAAAGAGAAAGAGGAGGAGGUGUCUACCUGUCAGGACCAGCUGGGUGAGUUCCGAUCUGCUGCCACUGCUCUCACCAAGUGGCUGGAGGAAACAACUGACAGAGUUCCUGCAGUUCACUCGAGCAGCACUGAGGAAAAACAGCAGAAGGACCUGCAACUAGUCAGUGGUUUAAUGGACGAGUGGACAUCCAAGGGUCCCGCUGUCCAGGACCUAAACAGCAAGGGGUCAUCUCUUUGCAGCCUCAUUGCAUUCCUCACCUCUCCAGCCAAAACGAAGAACCGGAACAAGACAGCUCUUACUAAUGGUGGUGGUCCGGUGAGCCAUUCCUACCUAACCAAUAAAGAGCUGAUGGGCAUCCAACAAAACAUGUCUUACAUCAACGAGGGGUACGACAGCCUGGGCGACACCCUCAAGAGUCGAGCAGCACACCUCAGCAGUUCUGUGAAGGAGAUGAAAGAAGCCAACAAGGAGAUGAGCAACAUGAUGACCUGGCUGAGAGACAUGAAGGAGACGGCGUCAUCUUGGAAAAGCACAGCCACUGAGAAAGGCUCGAUACAAAGACAGCUUGAGCAACAGAAGGCGUUUGAGGAUGACAUGAAGCAAAAACAAGAGCAGAUCAAGACAGUCAAAGAGAAGCUUGUGAACUUGAUUGACACACAUCCGAACUCCCCAGAGGCUGCAAAGUGGAAGCAGAUGUUGGCAGAAAUGGAUGCUGCCUGGGCAGAUAUCAACGGCUCAGUGGAGGAGCGGAAGCAGCACCUGGAGCAGUCCAACAAAAAUCUGGACUUCUUCCAGACUACCGAACCGCAACUCAACCAUUGGCUCUCUGAGAAAGAGCUCAUGAUGAGCGUCCUCGGGCCCCUGUCCAUCGACCCAAACAUGCUGAAAAUGCAAAAGCAGCAGGUUCAGAUCCUCCAAAAUGAGUUUAAUAGCCGAAAACCUCAGUAUGAACAGCUCAAUGAAGCUGCCUCUGCCAUCAUUAAUUCCUCGGACAACCAGGAACCUAAAAAAGAAAAGCCGGUCAAAGAGCAGCUGGCUGCUGUCAACCAGAAGUGGGAAGGGCUCAUGGGUCAACUUGACCGGAGAGAUAAUCUUAUUGACCAGGCAGUGGUGAAGACAGAGCAAUUCCAAGGUCUGCUGAAGGGCCUCAGUGAGUCUACGACGCAACUGGACAAUGAGCUCAGCAAUCACCAGCCACACAGCACCCAGCCCGAGUUGGUGAAGAAGCAGUUGGAGGACGUCCAUAACAUCUCAGCUCAGUUAAAAGAGCAGAGGAAAAAACUGAAGGAGGCGGAAGCUGUUAAUGCAGAACUGGCAGCCAUGGUGACUGAGGACUAUCUGAAAGCCGACCUGGCCAGGCAGCUGGAGAGUGUCCGGAGACCAUUCAAACAACUGGAGGAGAAAACAGAAAAACAAAUUCAGCAGCUGAAUUCAACCUUCGCCAGCUCACAACAGUUCCACCAGACAUCCAAAGACUUCCACUCCUGGCUCGGAGAGAAGCUUCAAGACCAGUCGAAGCCUCAACCUAUUUCUGCCAAAGAGCACCUUCUGCAGCAGGCCCUUGAGGAGCACAGCAAACUCCAACAGGCUCUUGGUGAGCACCAAGCAGCGUAUAACACAAUCAUCGGAGAAGGAGAGAUGCUUCUCCAGAAUACCGAUGGAGCUGAAAAGCUGGCGCUGCAGAAGCAGUUGUUGACUUUGUCUUCUAACUGGCAAGAGAUGAAGAAAAGUUCCUCUGAGCGGGGAGAUAAACUUCACUCUGCUUUGCAGAGGUCUCAGAAUUUCCAGGAGCAGGCAGAGAAAGUCAGCGCAUGGUUCACAGAUUGUGACGCUAAUAGGGACAAAGUCAGGGUCACAUCUGACCUUGUAGCCCUGGAAGGCUCCAUCUCUCAGGUGAAAGCUCUGCAGAAGGAUGUGGACAAACACAGAGGGAUGCUCGAGCAUCUCUCCACAGCUGCGGCCAGUCUGCUUGAGGUAGCCAAUGCAGACACUGAGGGUGUGAAAGAGGAGGAGGCCAGCAUGGCGAAAAGAGUAGAGGAUGUAGUGGAAGAACUGCAAAGCAAGCGGGAGUCUUUAGAGAAGGUUCUAAAUACAGUUAGGCAAUUUAAUGACGGUUACAAAGAAGCCAAGGCCGAGAUCGAGGGAGCAAAGACGCAGUUGGAAGCGUAUGAGUCGCAGGGAGUCGGUGCACACAGCAACAAAAAUCUAACCAGUAUGCAAGCACAACAUAAGAGCUUAGAAGGAGUGCAGCAUCAAGUGGAACACCUAAAGAAUCUUGCCAAAAAUCUGGUGGUAGAAGUUCCAGACGCUGAUGGGGUGACGGACCUUUUGCUGCAAGCCGACAGCCUGGAAAAAGAUUACAGCAACCUCAACAGUAAACUGGAAGAGGCUUGCCAGGUCCUGGAGGGCAAGCUACAAGGGAUUGGACAGUUCCAGAACACCAUCCGAGACAUGUUCACGAGCUUCACUGACCUGGAUGAUGAGCUAGACAACAUGGCUCCUGUGGAGCUUGAGUUGCCUGUUCUUAAGGAGCAGAAGGAAAGCAUCAAGACGUUUUUAGAAAAACUGCAGGAGUUGAUGGCCAACACAGCCAAUGCUGGAGACAGCUGCAAGAAGAUGCUGGAGACUGAGUCCUCGCCGGACCUUUUGGGCUUGAAGAGAGACUUGGAUGCUCUGAGUAAGCAGUGUGGCAAACUGAUGGACAGGGCUAGAGGGAGAGACUCGCAGGUUGAGGAGACUCUCAACACUCUAGAGCAGCUCUAUGGUAAACUCCAACAAGUGGAAGACAAACUCUCCGGAGCCACGGACAAAGAAGCAUCCCAGGAGGCAGUCGGCAUGGAGACAGACGUCAUCAAUCACCAGCUGGAGUCCUUCAAGGCUUUCCAAAAGGACGAGAUCGAUCCGUUGCACUCGCAGCUGCAAGACCUCAACUCCCUUAGUCAAGGGCUGAUCCAAAAUGCUGCCAAAGGCUCCAACUGUAAGAAACUCGAGGAGGAUCUGGAAGACGUCAACUCACGGUGGAACACCCUCAAUAAAAAGAUCGCUGAGCGCUCGGCCCAACUGCACGAAGCUCUGUUGCAUUGCGGGAGGUUCCAGGAUGCUCUUGAGUCUCUCCUUAGCUGGCUGACGGACACAGAGGAGCUGGUUGCCAAUCAAAAACCUCCCUCCGCAGAGUUCAAAGUGGUCAAGGCACAAAUACAAGAACAAAAACUCCUACAGCGACUGCUGGACGACCGUAAACCCACAGUGGAGCUGAUAAAGAAAGAGGGAGGGAAGGUUGCAGAACUGGGUGAAUCUGUGGAGAAGGAGAAGGUUGCCAAAGAGAUUGAAUGCCUGGGGCAGAGGUGGGACAAUCUGCUGAAAAAGGCUGACAACAGGCACAAGCAGCUUGAGAGUAUUUUGGUCGUCACCCAGCAAUUCCAUGAGACACUGGAGCCUCUGAGCGAGUGGCUGGUGGCCACAGAGAAACACCUCUCGAACUCCGAACCAAUCGGCACAGAGACGUCCAGACUGGAAGAUCAGAUCAGUCAGCACAAGGCCUUAGAGGAGGAGAUUAUGAACCACAGCAAAGACCUGUUACAGGCUGUCAGUUUGGGUCAGAUUCUCAAAACCGUCAGCUCAGCUGACGACAAAGACUUUGUCCAGUUCAAGCUGGACGUCGCUCAGGCCAGUUACAUAGAGCUGCAGGAGCGGUGCCGACGGAGGGCGGAGCUGCUGCAGCAGGCUCGGGCAAACGCCCAGCUCUUCGGCGAGGACGAAGUGGCGCUCAUGAACUGGCUGAACGAGGUGCACACCAGACUGCAUGACGUGUCAGUGGAGGACUUCAAAUUAGACGUACUUGACAACCAAGUGGCGGAGCAACGGGCUCUACAAAGUGAUAUUGAGAUGAAGAAGAAGAACGUCGACCAAGCCAUUAGCAACGGCAUGGAGCUUCUGAAGCAAACUACAGGCGAUGAGGUCAUUGCCAUCCAAGGCAAACUUGAUGGAAUCAAAACAAAGUAUGCUGACAUCACUGCAAUGAGUUGCAAUGUUUUGAAGACCCUGGAGAAGGUUUCUGGUCUCUCCACAAUGCUGCACCAGACACAUGAGGACUUAAGCGUCUGGUUGGAGAAAGCAGAAGCUCACAUCAAAGAUUUUGCUGGUCAGGAACACACUGGCGAGCAUCUUCUGGAUGCUGAAAGUACGCAGAAAGCCUUGUUGAAAGAGACCAAAGACAAAAAGCCUGUUGUGGACAAACUCAACGAGUUAAGCAACUCAAUCUUGGAUCUGAUUCCGUGGCACACUCGAGAAGGUUUGGACAAGUUGGUGAGUGAGGACAAUGAACGCUACCAAGCAGUCUGCGAGACUGUCACCCAGCGGGUUAAACAGAUUGCCGCUGAUAUACUCAAGUCUCAGCAGUUUGAACAGGCAGCAGAUACUGAGCUGGCCUGGUUGACUGAUGCUGAAAAGAAGCUGCUGUCUGUGGGAGCGAUCCGACUGGAGCAGGAGCAAACCAUGGCUCAACUCCAGGCACAGAAGAUCUUCUCCAUGGACAUCAUGAGACACAAAGAUGCUGUUGAUGAAAUUGUGAAAACAGGAAAAGCCAUAAUGAAUACCAAACAACCAGAGGAAAGAGCAGCAUUUAAGGAAAAGACAGAAGCUCUCCUAGAGAAAUAUGGCACCGUUAGCCAACUCAACUCUGAGCGCUGCCUGCAGCUAGAAAGGGCCCAGUCUUUAUCCAGUCAGUUCUGGGAGACCUUUGAAGAACUGUCACCGUGGCUGCAGGACACUUUGACCACAUUCAGCCAGCUACCACAUCCCUCCAUCGAGUAUGAGACACUGAGGCAGCAGCAGGAAGAACUGAGGCAAAUGAGAGAGCUGAUCGCGGAACACAAACCUCAUAUUGACAAGAUGAAUAAAACCGGUCCGCAGUUAGUGGAGCUGAGUCCGCUGGAGGGGGAACACAUCAGGGAGAAAUACACAUCUGCUGAUCGCCUUUACGCCCAGCUGAAGGCUGAUGUUAAAAAGAGAGCCGCUACUCUGGACGAGGCCACGUCCAAGUCCACUCAGUUCCAUGACAAAAUUGACCCGAUGCUGGAGUCUCUGGAGCGGAUCGCUGAACGCCUUCGUCAGCCACCUUCUAUCUCAGCCGAAGUGGACAAGAUCAAGGAGCAGCUCUCAGAGAACAAGGCCGUCUCUGUCGACCUAGAAAAGCUCCAGCCGUCCUAUGACACUUUGAAACUGAGGGGAGAAGAGAUGAUUGCACGAUCUGAAGGAGCAGACAAGGACGUCUCUGCCAAAGCUGUUCAAGACAAACUGGACAGCAUGGUGUUCCUCUGGAGCGACAUCCAGGCCCUGCUUGACGAACGUGAAGCCAAGCUGCUGGAUGUGAUGGACCUCGCAGACAAGUUCUGGUGUGAUCAUUAUGGUCUGAUGAUCACCAUCAAAGACAACCAAGACAUGCUGAGGGAGCUGGAGGAGCCAGGGGUCGACCCUUCUGUGGUUAAACAGCAGCAGGAGUUUGUGGAGGGCUUUAAAGAGGACAUCGACGCGCUGCAAGAUGAGCUGGUCACUGUACAAAACCAGGGGGCGGAGCUCAUGACCGCCUGCGGAGAACCUGAUAAACCUGUGAUAAAGAAAAGCCUGGACGAGGUGAAUUCAGCAUGGGAAAAUGUCAACAAGACUUUGAAAGAGAGGGGGGAGAGACUGGAGGAAGCCAUGCAAGCGGCAGUGCAGUACCAGGACGGCCUGCAGGGAAUGUUUGACUGGGUGGAUAUUCUAGAGAGCAAGCUGGACUCCAUGUCACCUGUGGGCACGGACCUGGAAACUGUCAAGCAACAGAUUGUUGAGCUCAAGGAGUUCAAAGGGGAAGCGUAUCAGCUGCAGAUUGAGAUGGAGCGCCUGAACCACCAGUCGGGGCUCCUGCUGAAGAAGGUCACGGAUGACGCCGACCGCUGCGCCAUUCAGGAGCCGAUGUCUGAGCUCAAGAUGCUCUGGGAGAACCUGGAUGAAAAGAUUAUCAGCCGACAGCACAAACUGGAGGGUGGCCUGCUGGCCCUGGGCCAAUUCCAGCACGCAUUAGAUGAGCUUCUGGCAUGGAUGAGCCACACAGAGGAGAUGCUGGACGAGCAGAGGAAGACAGUGGGCGACCCCAAAGCCAUAGAGAUCGAACUCGCCAAGCAUCAUGUUCUACAAAUUGAUGUGCUGGCUCAUAAAUCCACUGUUGAGACUGUGAACAAGGCAGGUAGUGAUCUGGUGAAGUCCAGCGCUGGGGAGGAGGCGUCCUGUCUGCAGAGCAAGCUGGAGAACCUCAACCAGCGAUGGCAAUCCAUCCUGGAAAAAACAGAGCAGCGAAAGCAGCAGCUAGAAAGUUCUUUGCUUCAGGCCCAAGGUUUCCAUGGUGAGGUCGAAGAUAUGCAGCAAUGGCUGAAAGACACAGAACGUCAGCUGUUGGCAUCAAAGGCUGUGGGAGGCUUACCAGACACGGCCCGCGAGCAGCUUAACGCCCAUCUGGAACUCUGCUCCACUCUGGAGAUAAAGGAGGAGCUGUACCAGGAGCUGAUGAACAAAGGUCAGCAGCUGAUGGCCAUCACACCUGAAGGGUCGGAGAGCAACACCGAGCAGGACCUGAAAAACCUCAAGGAAAAAUGGGAGUCUGUGCAGGCGAAGGUCGCUGAGAGAAAGGUCAAACUGGAGGAAGCUCUGACGUUGGCCACGGAUUUUCACAACUCGCUGCAAGACUUCAUCAACUGGCUCACACAGGCCGAGCAGACGCUCAACAUGGUGUCGCCUGCUUCACUCAUCCUGGAGACCAUCAUGUUUCAGAUUGAUGAGCACAAGAUGUUUGUGACAGAGGUCAACUCCCACCGCGACCACAUCAUCGAGCUGGACAAGACGGGCACCCACUUGAAGUAUUUCAGUCAGAAGCAGGACGUGGUUCUCAUCAAGAACCUGCUGCUCAGUGUUCAAGGCCGCUGGGAGAAACUGGUGCAGCGCUCCGUGGAACGCGGCCGUCUGUUGGACGACGCCAGGAAGAGAGCAAAACAGUUUAAUGAAACUUGGAAUAAACUGAUGGAAUGGCUGGAAGAGUCUGAGAAAAGUCUGGACGCCGAGGUGGAGAUUGCCAACGAUCCGGAUAAAAUCAAGACGCAGCUGUCACAACACAAGGAGUUCCAGAAAGCUUUGGGGAGCAAGCACUCGGUGUACGACGCCACCUCCCGAACGGGGCGGGCCCUGAAAGACAAAACCUCGCUUCAGGAUGACACUCAGAAGUUGGACGACAUGUUGAGCGAACUGAGAGACAAGUGGGACACCAUAUGCGGGAAGUCAAUCGAGAGACAAAACAAGCUGGAGGAGGCGCUGCUCUUCUCAGGCCAGUUCACGGACGCUCUGCAGGCUCUCAUCGACUGGCUGUACAGAGUGGAACCUCAGCUGGCUGAAGACCAGCCCGUCCAUGGAGACAUCGACUUGGUUCUCAACUUAAUAGACAACCACAAGGUUUUCCAGAAGGAGUUGGGAAAAAGGAAAGUUACCAUUCAGGCACUAAAACGUUCCGCCAGGGAGCUGAUUGAAAACAGCCACGAUGACUCCUCAUGGGUCAAGGCCCAGAUGCAGGAGCUGAGCACUCGCUGGGAGACGGUGUGCAACCUGUCCGUGUCCAAACAGGGCCGCCUGGAACAGGCGCUGUGUCAGGCUGAAGAGUUUCACUCCACGGUUCAUAUACUGCUGGAGUGGCUGGCUGAGGCUGAGCAAACGCUGCGUUUCCAUGGCAACCUUCCCGAUGAUGAGGACGCACUACAAGCCCUCAUCGAGCAGCAUAAGGAUUUCAUGAAGAAGCUGGAGGAGAAGCGAGUGGCCUUGAACAAAGCCAUCAGCAUGGGGGAGGCUAUUCUGACCAUCUGCCAUCCAGACUCCAUAACAACCAUCAAACACUGGAACACCAUCAUUAAAGCCCGCUUUGAAGAGGUUCAGGCCUGGGCCAGGCAGCACCAGCAGCGUCUGGACUCGGCGCUCAGCGAGCUGCUGUCCAAUCAGGAGCUGCUUGAGAACCUGCUGACCUGGCUGCAGUGGGCAGAGAGCAACCUCAGCGAGAAAGACAGGGAGCCACUCUCACAGGAGAUCGCAGAGAUUAAGAACCUCAUUGCUGAACACCAGGCCUUCAUGGAAGAAAUGACCAGGAAGCAGCCAGAUGUUGACAAAAUAACGAAAACACACAAAAGGAAAGCGGCUGUUGAACCUCCGAACCACUCGCACAUCCCCGUGCUGGAGAAAGGAAGAGGCGGAAGAAAACGCUCAUCCGCUCAAACUAUGUAUGCGCCGGCCACACAGGCCCCCAUCGAGACCAAGAACCCUCGUGUCAACCUGCUGGUCACUAAGUGGCAGCACGUGUGGCUUCUGGCGCUGGACAGAAGGAGGAAGCUCAAUGAUGCUUUGGACAGAUUAGAGGAGCUGAAAGAAUUCGCCAACUUCGACUUCGACGUAUGGCGGAAGCGAUACAUGCGCUGGAUGAACCACAAGAAAUCUCGAGUUAUGGAUUUCUUCCGUCGCAUUGAUAAAGAUCAGGACGGCAAAGUGACGCGGCAGGAGUUCAUCGAGGGAAUCCUGUCCUCCAAAUUCCCCACCAGUCGCCUGGAGAUGAGCGCCGUGGCCGACAUAUUUGACCGAGACGGCGACGGCUACAUUGACUAUUACGAGUUUGUCGCAGCCUUGCAUCCCAACAAAGAUGCCUACAAACCCCUCACUGACGCUGACAAAAUUGAGGACGAGGUCACGCGUCAAGUGGCAAAAUGCAAAUGUCCGAAGCGAUUCCAGGUCGAGCAAAUUGGAGCAAACAAAUACAGAUUCUACCUCGGAAACCAGUUUGGUCUGGUACACUGCUUACAUGACUCCUUAAUCGGCGAUGAGACAAUAGCAAACAGGGAAAAUCAAAAUCUUACCCCUCACGUUCACGUUGCGGUUUUGGAAAGCUGUAUUCUGUUUGGAGACUCUCAGCAACUUCGCCUCGUACGCAUUUUACGCAGCACUGUGAUGGUGCGGGUGGGCGGAGGCUGGAUGGCUCUGGACGAGUUCCUGGUCAAGAACGACCCUUGUCGAGUUCAUCACCACGGCAGUAAAAUGUUGCGCUCCGAAUCAAACUCUUCAAUUACUCAGUCUCCCAUAGCUAAAGGCAGGACAAACCUGGAGCUGCGGGAGAAGUUCAUCCUCCCCGAGGGCACCACUCAGGUGAUGGCCAGCUUCCGCUACAGAGGUCGGAGGUCGCGGCCGUCGUCCCGAGGAGCGUCUCCGAACAGAUCCACCUCCAGUCAAAGCUGCAUGAUCCCAUCACACCAAGUAGUGAGCAGCACCCCCAAGACCUCCCAACACAUAACCCGAAAUUAUGAUAAGCCCUGGCUUACAAACAGCAAACCCACCACUCCUCUUAAAUCAUCCGACUCCUUCGGGAGCCAUGGUUCAUCCUCAGAGAAUACACCAGUUCAAGGCAGCAAACUGCGGCUGCCUGGUUACUUGUCAGGGAAAGGAUUUCAGUCCACAGAGGAGGGAACGUUGAUCAGUGCUGCUGUGCUCAAGGCCAGAACUCAAACCUUCGGCGACUCCAGAAAAAACCCGAGUCGACCCGGAAGUAAGGCAGGAAGCCGGGGGAGCAGCCGCAGAGGAAGCGACGCCUCUGACUUCGACAUCUCGGACAUCCAGUCCGUGUGUUCCGACGCCUCCGAGAACGUGGGCGACUCGGCACGAGGCACCCCGCGCUCGGCGUCCCGCCAACACGGGGGGAAACCCUCCAAGAUACCCACUCCACAGAGACGAGCCACCCCCACUAGCAAACUAGCCAAGGCAUCCAAGCGAUAGUCCCAGGCCCUGAAACAACGUCGCUGCACCACUGAGGACACUGGAAGGAGCUAACUUAAAGACUGUGUUAUUUAAUUUGUUGCAAAGAUGUAAAAUAAUCUUUUCAGAUGAUUUAAUAUAAUGUGCGAAUGGAAUGUUGUUGGUAUUUCUUUGUAAUGUAUUUUAUUUUUUGUGAGAAUAGUUUUUUUAAAUUGACUUUAUUUGACUAACUGCUGGCGACUGUGUGGAAGAACAUUUCCAGUGAAGGCGAACACGCAGGUGUGAGAGUUACUGAAUGUACUGUACUUUAUGUAAGCCGACCAUGCACUAAUCCAGGUACUGCGACUCUUAUUUAAGUGCUAUGAUGAAACAUUUAAAGGGCAAUGCAAUAUAGCUACCGAAUAAAAAAAAGCACUGCAGAAACAAACACUAGUAGCAGAAACUGUAACUUUAAAGCUUUCCAGUCCGCACUGUUUGUUCGUCUGCGACACAGAGACGCACCUUCAUGUAAACCUGCGCGUCAUGUUAAGGUUCAUUUCGGGAAUUGUUACGCUCACAUUUCUUUGUAAUAAACCUGCUUGCAGAAGGAAGCCACACCUGAAGCUGUCGUCCUG